AGUUAGCACUAAUUUAACUGUUAAUUCAUAAACUGCAUUUUAGUUAGUUAGUUAGCAUUAGAUGUUAAUUCAUUGAUGUAUAAAUAGGACAAUUCACGUUGAAUGAAACAGUUCAAUUCCAUUCCCAAAAUAUCUCCUUCAAAGCUUCUCAUCUCUCUAAUGGUCUCUUAGAUCAUUCCAUGGCAUAACUUGAUCUUAGUGUGCUGAUUUUGACAUGGUAUCAGAGCAGAUGAUCCAGAUCUGAUCUUAAUUCGCUUCCGCAAUACAAUUUGAUCCUUCUUCUCUGUUCAUUUGAAGCUGCGAUGGGGAAUGUCGAAGAACAAAUCGAUCACAAGCACCCUCUGUUUCUACAACCAUCAGACACUCCUGGAUCCAUGUUGAUUCCUAUCCAGUUGACUGGAACUGAGAAUUACGGCCUUUGGAGCAGAUCUAUGAAGAUUGCUCUCCUUGGAAAAGGUAAAUUGGGCUUUGUUAAUGGAAAUUACAGGAGGGAGAAGUUCAGCGAGACUCAGUCUGAUGCUUGGGAGAAGUGCGAUGCGAUUGUUCAUUCGUGGAUUAUGAACUCGGUCUCAAAAAAUCUCUUGAAUGGAAUUGUUUAUGGCUCCAGUGCAAAUGCUGUUUGGGAGGAUCUGGAGGAACGAUUCAACAAGAUAAAUCGAGUGAGAGUUUUUCAAUUGCAUCGCGAAAUCACUAAUCUCGCACAAGGUACGCACUCUGUAUCAGUUUACUAUUCAAAACUUAAGGAAUUGUGGGAUGAAUACAAUACUAUGAUUUCAACUCCAAAGUGUGAUUGCCCUAAAUCGAAAGAGUAUGCUGAUCAUCUUCAAGAGCAAAGGCUACUACAGUUUUUAAAUGGAUUGAAUGACUCUUAUGAUCAAACUAGAAGGCAAAUCCUCAUGAAGACAGUUGCACCUACUGUUAGUCAAGCAUAUGCCAUGAUAUCUGAGGAUGAAAGUGAAAGGAAAAUUAGUUGUUCUCAAGUUGCUACAGCACAUGACAGGUUCAAUGAUCCUACCAUCAUGCAGGCUAGUAGAGAUCAGAUGUACAGGGGUAAGAAACCUAUUCCAAAAUGUGAAUACUGUCAUGUGAGGGGACAUUGUAAGGAGCAAUGCUGGAAGCUCAUUGGCUAUCCCGAUGAUUACAAACCUAAGGGGAGACUCAAUGGAAAUCAUCAAACGAGAGGACAAUAUCAUACCACUCAGCCUCAAUUCUUUGCUAAUGGGAAGAAUGGUGGUCAAUCCUUUGCUAAUGUGAACAAUGUAUGUGGUGUUGGUGCUACUAGUGCACCUCCUGAUGGUACUACUUCUCAUGACAAUUCUGGAUCCAAGCAUAUGGCUGAUGUACAAGGUCAAUAUUUCACUGAAUCUCAAUACCAACAGAUCCUGAGCAUGCUGAACAAAGAUGCCAAUGAAGGACAGCAAGCUGUGAACUCAUCAGGAUCUAUUUAGUGGCAAGGUGAGGGGGAUUGGUAAGGAACAACAUGGUUUAUACAUUUUCAGAUCAGGAGGAGCAACAAAAUCAAUAAGGCAAGGUCAAAUACAUCAGUGUGCAGCAGAAAUAAAAAUAACAGAAGGGAAUGACUAUCAUCUAUGGCAUCUAAGACUUGGACAUCCUUCUAGGUCUACCAUGAAAGAAGUAGAUAUAGUGAAAGGCAAUUAUAGUAGCCAUACACAUGAAAAUUGUUCUGUAUGCCCAAGGGCCAAACAAACUAGAUUGAAGUUUCCAAUUAGUAGUUCCAAAAGUAGUUUUGCUUUUCAGCUUGUACACUUGGAUCUUUGGGGACCUUAUAAAACUGUCACACUUGAUAAGAAGUCUUAUUUUCUAACAAUUGUUGAUGAUCAUACAAGAUUUACUUGGGUGUACUUACUACAAUUGAAAUCUGAUGUCAUUGUAGCAUUGAAAUCUUUUUUGCCUAUGAUAAAAAAUCAGUUUAAUGCAGACAUUAAAGUAAUCAGGUCUGACAAUGGUACUGAGUUCUUCAACUCUCAAUGUAAUGAUUUAUUAACACAACAUGGCAUUGUGCACCAGAGUAGUUGUGUUCACACACCACAACAGAAUGGCAGGGUAGAAAGGAAGCACAGGCACAUUAUGGACACGGCCAGAGCCUUAAGAUUCCAGGCAAAUAUUCCUAUCAAGUACUGGGGAUUAUGUGUAAAGGCUGCAGUUUAUAUCAUCAACAGACUUCCAUCAAGUGUGCUGGAAGGUCACACACCUUAUGAAGCAUUGUAUAAAACAAGGAACCACAUUAAUCAUUUGAAGG